AUGGGCAUCGAUGUCCUGAUUGGAGGCCGUCUACAGGAAGACCACAAUUCGACUUCAGUGCUCCAGGAGUCUACGGGAUACGGUGCCAGUCUGCCGUGGAAGGACAGUUUUGUGCUUUGUGCCAACUCGGGACAGGUGGCGGAAGGCAGCGAAGUAGUGUUGGUCAGCUGCAAGCCGAGCCGAGACGAGAAUAGGGAGCCUGACGAGAUGUGGCCCGGAGUAGGCGGGGUCACCAGAUCGGAGGAAGACAGUGUGGAGAAGGAAGUGAGGAUGUCUUCAGGCAAAUCGGAUGAGGAAGGCCAGACAAGUGACUUGGGUCUUCAAGGUCGCUGGCUGGCUCUGCGAAGGCGAGGUGGACCAAUUAACGUUUGUUCUGUCAACCUGUACCUUAUAAAUGAAUGCGAUUCGGAACAAAAACGUGAGAUCUAUUCACUUUAUUUCGUAGAAGGUAAUCAAAGAUUGGCGGUUGAAUUUUCCUGCAAUGAUAUGAGUAUAGCUGGCGUUUCCAUUGAAUUUCACGUAGCCCUGCUUCCCAAAAGGUGUUCUCAUCCAGGCUCUAGUGGACUCGGGCUUCUGCCUCGCCUAGCUCUUAGCAACAGCCCAGCGAGAGUCGAACCAUGA